AUGUUCACUAGACUUACCGGUAAACAGCUAAAAGCGAAUAACCUACAGCUAAGGCGGUCGUACUCGAAUAUCUUAGACGAAAUCAGAGCAAAAUCAACAAAUACUUCCUCUGGAUCAGGUUCUAAAGCCAAGGAGAAUAGAUUUGCCAAACAAUAUGCAAAGGCAAAUCAGCCGCAACCAAAUAGUCGAGGGAAUCAGCCACGACGUGACCCAUUCCUUCCAGUGAAAAGAUUUGAUCCACUGAGAAACUUUCAAAAAAGGGGGACCCCUACUAAUGGUGGUGGCGGUGGUGGUGGUCGUGAUGGUAAUGGUGGUGGCUACUACUCUAAUCCCAUGGGUAACAAUGCCAAUCAAAGAGACUUUCAAAAAAAUCAAGGCUUUCGCGGUCAUGAUAAUAGAAGCUACAAUAAUCGAAAUGACGGGUCUCGAACUUAUGAGAAUCAGGCAAAUAAAAGAACUGAAACUGAAAAUCGAUCAAGAGAACAAGCAGUAUACAACGAAGCACAACAACAAAUUCAGCGAUUACAAGGUGAAUUCAAUUCGGGUCAUGCUAAGGAUCGAUAUAAGCGAACCAAUGCUCCUCAAUUUCAACAGCUCGGCAAGGAUAGGAAAUUCAAAGCGAAAAAAAUGCCAAAAAAGGAGAAACUAGUCAAGAUACAUCUUCCGCCAUUCAUCUCAGUGUCAAACUUGGCCACUACAUUGCAUGUUAGUCUUCAAGAUGUGUUUAAAAAACUUGAGGGUUUGGGCUUUGAAGAUAUAAGACACUCUUUUAUUUUGGAUAAGGAAAAUGCAACGUUGAUUGCUGAUGAAUACGGGAUCGAGGUGAUUUCUGGAGAAGACUCUGAAGGCGAUUUAUUCCCUGCACCACAGAAACCGGAGUUGCUCAAGGAUAGACCACCAGUUGUUACAAUAAUGGGUCAUGUAGAUCAUGGCAAAACAACAAUUUUGGACUAUUUGAGGAAAUCGAAAGUUGUUGAUAAAGAGUUUGGAGGAAUCACUCAACAUAUUGGUGCUUUUUCCGUCAUCACUCCGCAGUCGAAAAAGAGAAUUACCUUUUUGGAUACACCCGGACACGCGGCAUUUUUGAAAAUGAGGGAAAGAGGUGCAGUGAUUACCGACAUUGUUGUUUUGGUUGUUGCUGCUGAUGAUUCCGUCAUGCCUCAAACCAUCGAAGCUAUUAAACAUGCAAAGAAAGCAGGUGUUCCAAUAAUCGUAGCGGUGAACAAAUGUGAUAAGCCGAAUAAAGAUGUUGCAAAGGUGUGUGGCGACUUGGCUGCUCAAGAAAUUUAUGUCGAAAGCUAUGGGGGUGAGACACAGCUCGUGGAAGUUUCAGGAAAAACAGGUCUCAAUAUGGAUAAGUUGGAGGAAGCAAUUGUUACUUUGAGUGAAUUAUCUGAAUUUAAAGCUGAGCCCAAGGGUGUUCCAGCUGAAGGGUGGAUUAUUGAAUCUCAAGUUUUGAAAGGGUUGGGAGACGCAGCCACUGUCUUGGUAACUCGUGGGUCAUUGAAACCAGGUGAUGUUAUAGUUGCUGGAAAGACGUUUUGUAAGAUUAGAGGUAUGAAGGAUGAGUUUGGGAAACAGAUCAAACUUGCCGGUCCAUCUACACCAGUUCAAAUUUGGGGUUGGAAGGAUUUACCAGAUAGCGGUGAUCAAAUUUUACAAGCUAGCACAGAACAAAUUGCCAAAAAAGUGAUUGAUUAUAGAGAUGCUAAAACUAAGGAGUUGGAGGCAAUUCGUAAUAUUGAAGAUAUAAAUGCCAAAACUGCAGAGGCAAUCAAAGAGGCUCAGAGGAUGGAAAAAUUAGCGGCAUUGAAGAAAGCAGGAUUGCAACCCGAUGAGGUUGAAGAUGGAGAUGGAGAUGGAGAGGGAGAAAAUGGCAACGGCGUUUCCACUAUAAAGAAGCGUAAUUAUAUUAUUAAAGCUGAUGUAUUUGGAUCAGCAGAAGCAAUCAAAGAUACAAUCGAUGGUCUUGCAAAUGAUGAAGUCAAGGCCAAUGUAUUGUCCCAUUCUGCUGGUCCACCUACUGAUAAUGAUUUGGAAAUGGCCAAAUUGUUUGAUGCAACUUUGAUUAUAUUCAAUGUCAAUACACCCAAGGCAGUGCUUCAAAAGGCAGCCGCUGCAAAAGUCAAAGUUAGGGAGCAUCAAAUCAUUUAUAGAGUGGUUGAAGAAGUUACUGAAGAAUUGUCGCUGAUGAUGAAGCCCAGGAUUGAGACUAAAAUCUUGAGCGAAACACAAAUACUUCAGCUUUUCAGAAUCUCCAAGGGAAAGAAAAAGAUAAAGAUUGCUGGUUCGAAAGUUACUUUGGGAGUGCUCAAACGAGGAGCAGAGGUUAGAAUCAUAAGACUGGGAGAAGAGUUGAUAAGAGGACGUGUUUCUCAUGUCCAAAUUGGUGAAGAUGCCGUUGACGAGGUGCGAAACAAUCACGAAUGUGGAUUGAGACUUCAAGACGAUAAAGGUGAGGAAUGGACAAAGUUUGAAGUUGGCGAUGUUAUUCAGGGAUUCGAAGAGAUUGAACAUAAAAGGUACUUGUAA